CAGGAAAGACCGAACACUGCACUGCACAACACAAGCGUCGUCUUCAGGCCGUACGUGACAAACCUCAGCAGGCGAGUGUCAUGGCCUCCGAAGGCGCCGUGAGCCCGGCGUUCGCCUACACCGUCGUCUACGUCAAGGACGUCGCCAAGUCGGCCGCCUUCUACUCCGCCGCGUUCGGCUACACCGUCCGCCGCCUCGACCAAUCCCACAAGUGGGCGGAGCUGGAGAGCGGGACGACGACGAUCGCGUUCACGCCGCUGCACCAGAGGGAGACGGACGCGCUGACGGGCGCGGUGCAGCUGCCGGACUCGGCCGGCGAGCGGGGGCCCGUGGAGAUCUGCUUCGACUACGCGGACGUCGACGCGGCGUACCGGCGGGCCGUGGACAGCGGCGCCGUGCCGGUGAGCCCGCCGGAGCAGAAGAGCUGGGGCCAGAAGGUCGGGUACGUCAGGGACAUCGACGGGAUCAUCGUGCGCAUGGGCAGCCACGUCCGCGCGUAGCGGCCAUGCGCCUGCUCGGUUGGGGGAUUUUAGCCGUGUAUGUUCAAUAAUGUGAACUGUUCUCCACUGAUCUGUUGAUAUAUGGAAUAAAACUGUGAUCUCGUUGGUUGUGGUCUGUACUCCAAAGUCCAAACGAGAAAAAAUGGCCAUGUUUGAUGUAUGAUGUGUUCAAUCAUGAAUCACAUGGGUAAGGAUAGGAAUAAGUUCACUUU